AUGGAAUCCGCCCGAAGCCUUUAUAAAAAUGACAUCGAUUUUGCAGCCUUGGCGCUGCAAUCGCGGGACUUCGCCAAGUACUUGAACCAAACCGGCCAACUGAACUUUACUGAUCCAGCCGCCGUCCGACAACUCACCACUACGCUUCUGCAACAAGAUUUUCACCUGAAAGUGGAAAUCCCCGAGGAUCGACUGUGUCCACCGGUGCCAAACAGGCUCAAUUACAUCCUCUGGCUGCAAGACCUUCUUGAUUCCACCGCUGGAGGCCUGCAUGAGGGAUAUGACCGAGACCGGGAUAUCUUCGGCCUUGACAUUGGAACGGGUUGCAUCGGCAUCUACCCCCUUCUGGGCUGCGCGACACGGCCACGAUGUAACUUUGUGGCAACUGACAUCGACUCGAACAAUAUCCGCACGUCUCGGCACAACGUGGCUCUGAACAACCUGGAAUCACGUAUUCAGAUCGUACAUUCCGACCCCACAGGACCACUCUUCCCGCUAGAAAAGCUAGGGCGCCAAACCCUUGAUUUCACCAUGUGCAACCCACCCUUUUACACCUCGUUUAAUGAGCUGAAGCAAUCUGCCGAGCAGAAAGAACAAGAGCCCUUCUCCGUGAGUGUCACUAACCCCACUUCCCGUGCCAAACAACUAUACACAACCCACCCUAUUCCACUUACGUACCAUCCCGUACUGACCUGCAUGAAGACCUGCACCGGUGCCGCGGUGGAAAUGGUGACCCGCGGUGGAGAAGUAGCUUUUGUUAAGCAAAUGAUCGACGAAAGUCUUGAGCUGCGUGACCGUAUUCAAUGGUACACAUCCAUGCUUGGAAAAUUGAGCAGUAUCAAUGUACUCGUAGAGACACUGAUCAAACACGGCAUCACCAAUUUCGCUGUCACCGAGUUUGAGCAGGGAAGCAAGACGAAGCGCUGGGCCCUGGCAUGGUCAUGGGGAGACCGAAGGCCUGCCAUGAGUAUUGCACGUGGAAUCCCCGGCUGCCCGAAGAGUCUUUUACCUUGGCCUGCAGAUUACACAUUUACACUACCACCCGGAACAUCUAUUGACGCAAGCAUUGCUACGAUAAAUGCAGAACUCAACUCGUUGCCUUGGUUUUGGGCCUGGGAUCAGACACGUUCUUCGGGGACGGGAUUCGCUGCUGAAAAUGUGUGGUCGCGAUUCGCCCGCCGGAAGAUGAAACUUGCUGGUGAGGAGGGUGCGGCUAAAUUGAAGGUGAUUCCAGCCCAGGUGGCGUUGGGAAUACGUCUGCAGAUGCGGCUGGUCCGCGGGCAGAAACCGGACGAGAAAGAGGUGAGAGUUUUAGUACGUUGGGUGCAGGGGACAGACACCGUCUUGUUCGAGAGCUUUUGCGGGAUGGUGAAGAGGAAGCUGGAAUCAAAAUGA